AUGGAGGAACGAGCUAUGUUCAUCGCCGUGGCUCAGGCGAGCCACGACCCGCUCACCUACGCGAGGGCGUUCGUGCCGCUUGCCCUCGCCAGCUCCCUCAAUGGAGAGACCCUAGGGAUGCUGUUACGGCUCGGGAUCACCUACCAUCAGCCAGCGGAAUUCCCAGACACCACUAACCUCGAUUGGAAGGAGGCAGUCAUCCGGUGUCUGGAGACGAUCCAUGUUCUCAUCACUUAUCUCAAUUCAUUUGUUUGUGCUUUCAGAAAGUCAACGUUCUUCAAUGUUCUGACAAAGAGUGAGGCAGCGGCUGAGAAUUUUCCCUUUUGCACUAUUGACCCAAAUGAGAGCCGUGUGCCCAUUCCAGAUGAGCGCUAUGACUUCCUCUCACAGUACCAUAAACCAGUCAGUAAGGUUCCAGCGUUUCUGAACGUGGUGGAUAUUGCUGGCUUGGUGAAAGGUGCUCACGCAGGCCAGGGUUUGGGUAACGCCUUCCUCUCUCACAUCAGUGCCUGUGAUGCCAUCUUUCAUAUGACACGAGCUUUUGAGGAUGAAGAUAUUAUCCAUGUUGAGGGCUGUGUUGACCCAGUGAGGGAUAUUGAGAUCAUCCAUGAAGAGCUGAGGAUGAAGGAUGAAGAGAUGAUUGGGCCAAUCAUUGAUAAACUUGAGAAAACCGCUGUCAGGGGAGGAGACAAAAAACUCAAACCUGAAUAUGACAUCAUGUGUAAAAUAAAGUCCUGGGUUGUUGAUGAAAAGAAACAUGUUCGUUAUUAUCUUGAAUGGAACGACAAAGAGAUUGAGGUCUUGAAUAAGUAUCUGUUCUUGACGUCCAAGCCGAUGAUCUACUUGGUAAACCUCUCGGAAAAAGAUUACAUCAGGAAAAAGAAUAAAUGGUGAGAUGACAUGUUAGCUGUUCAUCUGC